UCCCCGCUUCCCCCUUCCACCCCCACCCCCGUCCCGCAGCAUCCCCGCCGCGAUGCUGCUGCGGCUCCUGGUGCUGCUGGGCGCCUGCCCGGGGCUGUCGCGCUGCCUGGGCUCCUUCGUGCAGUGCGAGCCCUGCGACGGCAAAGCCCUGUCGCUCUGCCCGCCGCCGCCGCUGGGCUGCGAGCUGGUGAAGGAGCCCGGCUGCGGCUGCUGCCUCACCUGCGCCCUGCCCGCCGGCCAGCCCUGCGGCGUCUACACCGAGCGCUGCGCCCGCGGGCUGCGCUGCCUGCCCCGGCAGGGCGAGGAGAAGCCGCUGCACGCCCUGCUCCACGGCACGGCCGUCUGCCUCAGCGAGAAGAGCUACCGCGAGCAAGCCAAGGCCGAACGGGAGUCCCGAGAGCAUGAGGAGCCGACCACGUCGGAGAUGACAGAGGAGACCUACCCACCCAAGGCCUACCGGCCCAAGCAUGGGCGCCUCUCCGACAUGAAGGCUGAGGCCCUGAAGAAGGACCGCCGGAAGAAGCUGACCCUGGCCAAGUUUGUGGGCAUGGCCGAGAACACGGCGCACCCCCGUGUUGUCAUCCCUGAGCUCCGGCAAGAGUUUGAGCUGGGCCCCUGCCGCAGGCACAUGGAGGCAUCCCUGCAGGAGCUCAAGAGCAGCCAGCGGAUGGUCCCCCGUGCUGUCCACCUGCCCAACUGUGACCGGAAGGGCUUCUACAAGAGGAAGCAGUGCAAGCCCUCCCGAGGCCGGAAGCGUGGGUUGUGUUGGUGCGUGGACAAAUACGGCAUGAAGCUGCCGGGGACUGACUACCUGAGCGGAGACCUGCAGUGCCACGCGUUCGACAGCAGCAACGUGGAGUGAAGUCGCAUCCCCUCCCUCCACCCCAUCACUACCUACCCAGGCUCCCUUCCACCCUCCCCUCUGCACCUCCCCGCGCCCCGGGACUCCGAUUCCUUUCAUCUCAUGUAAGAAGAAAAAAAGAAAGGAAAAGAAAAAAGAGAAAGGAAGAAAAAAAAAAAGAGAAAAGAAGGAAAAGGGAAAAAAGAGAAAGGGAAAGAAAGAAGUAAAGAAAGGAAAAGCAAAAAGAGAGAAAAGAAAGGAAAAGCGAAAAGCAAAAAGAGAGAAAAGAAAGGAAAAGCGAAAAGAAAAGCAAAGAAAAGCAAAGCAAAGAAAAGAAAAGAAAUAAGAAAAGAAAUAAGAAAAGAAAUAAGAAAAGAAAGGAGAAAAACAAAUCCUGAAGAAACUGAGGACUCGGAAUCUACAGCAGCCUCUUGACAACAAGGACUCAGCAAGGAAAGGACAGAGCCAGAGACAAACCAGCCGCGGCCGCUCUGCCAUCCCGCACCUCUCCCCAGUGCCACCCGUGCCCCCCCUGCCGUGAGCAGAGGCCGCCCCGAUGUAGGAAGCUCUCCGAGUUGGUGAUUUUCCAGUAUGGGUUUCGGGUGGGUUAAUUUUUUUUUUUUUUUUUUUGGGUUAGCCAGUCAUUUUCUAAAGGGUCUUGAGAGAAAACCUUGCAGCCAUCAGCGUUCCCCCCUCGUCGCCGCGGUCCUCCAGAGUCUCCUGCCCACACGCUGGGACUCACUUGAGUCGACUUGACUUGACUUCAGUCUCAAACGACCGCCCCGGAUCCAGGCAGAUUUCGACAGGUCAGGAGGAGGAGUUGGGACUGCUGGUUUCAUGUCUGGAGAUGAGCCGGGGAGGGAAACACAGCCCUUGCAACGGCACGAAUAACCCCUUAAAAAUAUUCGUGGACUUCAAGAAGAAAUCAUCCAAAAAAGAAAAGAUACCCUUCUCCAUCCAGUUCCUCUCGAACGGGAGGUCAGAAAUCUUUUUCGACAAGCGGAACUCUGACUGUUGUCCAUCCAGGUGUGGAAGCCUUUGUGCACGUGCGUGUGUGCGAGCGAGUGUGUGCACGGACGUGGCUUUUCCUCCUUGGAAAACUUCGCCUCAAAACCUGCAACCUGGAGGGCUUAACUGUAAGAGGGGGGGAGACAUGCUGCCCCCUCCCCAAAAAAAAAAAGAACAGUAACCUGCGGGACUAAGCACGGGAGCAGAGUUAUGGAGGAGCAUCGGUGCCUGCGGGAUCAGGGCCCCGCCGACGCCAAGGGCUGCGUCCGAGCCGACACCGCAGAUAUGCCAUCGCUGUCCAGACUGAAGCAUCCCUACGUGGGGACAGGGGGAUCGGGGCCAAAACUCUUCACCACCCUUUGCCGCCACGAGGAAGACCAACUAUGGAGAUUUUAUUUUUAUUUUGUUUUGUUUUUUUUUUUUCACAGCCAAAAAAGUGGUUUGCUCCAGGGGAAAAAAAAACCAAACCGACAAUUUGUUUUGUCUUGGAUUUUUUGUUAAGGCUGGUUUAUAGCCUUUCCCGUGGGUAGGAAAACGCCGGUCUCCAUCCUUUCACACUGAGGAUACCGCUCACGUUGCCGUGGCUGAUUCCUGCCACCCUGCAGUGAGAUCCUGCGACAGGAUCGUGCUUAACCCGGGAUCCAGCUCCUUGUCGAGUGACAGCAGCCACCACACCGCGGAGACCCACUGCCUCAGGCGUGCUGGGACAGCCCUCAGCUGCCUUCCUGACUUUUUUGUUGUUUUUUUUUUUGUUUUUUACGUUCGAUUUUGGGACUGUUGCCUCUCGUUUCCCCAUGACAAGGGUCUCCGGGGUGUUGGUGCUGGGAGGAGAUCCUGCAGCAAAGGGAAGGAAGUAAAGAAAAGCGAGCCGUGGGGUCUGGGCGGGCGCUGCAAUCCCAGCGGGCAAACACGCACCCACUGGGGACCACAUCCCACCGCCGCCACUGGAGCUGGCAGCCAGCACUGCCCAAAGGACAUGGCCGAUCUCGGGGGGAAGGUUUCUGCACCCCCGAAGCCCCUUUGAGCAUGCCAGAGUUGGGCAGGGAGGAAAGGGGGUCUGCAGAACCACCAGGUCCCCACCAGCGGGGAUGGGACAGAGGGGAUUCGGCACCGAGGGGCUCCGGCGGAUCCAUCAUGGAUUGGGCACCCUCAUAGCCUCCCGCAGCACAGCAUUGCUCCCCUGAGCACCCCACAGCCCCCCCCGCCACAAGGACACUUGCCCCACUCAAGGGCAGGACUGGAUGCCCCACAGUUAUUUCCCGCAGAGUUAUGGUGGGGAUGAGUUUCACGGAUGGACUUCCAUGGAGAGCCGGUGGGGCAUGUUUGGAGCUGUGGGUGAGGCGUCUUCCUUUGCCAAAAAGGGGGUGCCACCAAAAGCAUAUCUGUCCCCCACAGCAGCAAGGUGACCCCUGUGAUGCUGGAGGGGAGCACGGUGGGUGCUGGGGCCCAGGGAGGGACCCCUCCGGGCUCUGCAGGGCUGAUGGAGCAGGCUUGGUUUGACCAGGGUGGGGGGGCUAACGGUGCGGUGAAGGUGGGGUGAAGAAUGGGGUGAAGAAGGCAGGUGGAGGAGGUGCCUGUGCCAGCCCCAAGGGCCACAGGUCGCCGUUGUCACCACUGUCUACCAUCUCCUCCGCUCGCCGAUCCCCGCGCAAAACCUCCUGACUGUUAUAGGCCAGUACCACCUUCCCCAGGACCCUUCCCUCCUCCUUCUCUCUCCCUCUUUCUUGCUUUUUUGUUUGUUUGUUUGUUGUUUUGUUGUUUGAUUUCCCAAAACUUGAAAGCCUUUGGCUGCAGAGAAAGGAGACGUGCUGCCGGGGCAGGAUGGGAGAGGGCAGAGGGACGGCAGCUCCCCACGGACCUUGUCUUACGGGGCUGAUGCUUGUGCAGGGUGAGGGCCAGCUCACGGGGCCCGGUGGUGGUCUCAUGAUGUGGCCGCCAUGGUGACACUGGGAGGGGGACACCCCUACAAAGGGACUCUCAGCCAUGGCCCUGGGAGCCCGGAGCACCGAAAUCCAUCCCGCACAGCCUCCCUUCCCCCUGCACAUCCAGCGUGGGGAUGGCACCGCCUGUGCUGUCCCCACCAGCCUGGGGGAAGGAGAAGGAGGCAAGGAUCGGGCUGCGCUCACCUUCCCCCCGCCCCUGCCCCAAACCACCUCGGCUCCCGGGACAGGGCACCGAGCGACCCCCCGGCCGCCCACUCCCUCGAGGAUCCCCGACAGGACGAGGCUGAUUGCAGGCUGCACUAAUAUUUAGGACCGGGGUUGGGCUGGGGGCGAGAGCGGCGUCAAGGAGGGGUUGGCCACCCCACCUUGGGGUGACAAUGACGAGGUGCUCCCGUUCUCAGCACCCAGCAGCACUCCUUUGCAUUUGAGGUGAGAAAACCAAAAGGGGCAGAUUUGGGAGCUGGGGAGGGCUGGGUGAGCAGCGGGGGGACGGGUCGCGGCUGGGGUUGAGAGGGGAAGUGCUGGCAAUUUGUGCAUCAGGGGAGGCGUGAGGCUCGGGGCGGGGGGUCUCCGGUCACCGUGUUUCCACUGAGGCCACGCCAGUACCCAGGAUGCAAGCUGGGAAGGAGAGGACAAGGAUGGCGCAGGGGUCAGGACAGCCCUUCCACCACAUCUCCCCGGGGAGCGGCGCUCGGCGGCUGGGCUACCCCUUGUCUGUACUGCAGUGGACCUCGAAAACCACUAGUACAAGAGCAUUUUGCACUAUUUCUCUGCUCUCUCCCCCCACCACCACCCCACCCCUUCUCCUUUUUUCUCCCCCUUCCCCAUGAAAACUCUCCUUUUUGUUGUUGGGGGUUGGGCGUUUUUUUGUUGUUGAUGUUGUUGUUGUUGAUUUUUUUUUUCCCGGACGGAGCAUUGUAUAUUUAUCGACUGACAGUUCACCUCGCUUCCAGACCGCUGUCCUGGCGCUGGCUAGGAGCCCUGCUUACUGUGCCCCCCCCUCCCCAGCCCCGCCAGCCCCCCACCACUGCCACCGGGACAGACGUCACCGCGCACGUUACCCACCGUUGUAACACAGUUGUUAAAACACACCAGAUUCCGAGUUUCCUGCCUGGUUUUUUUUUUUUUUUUUAUCUUUAAGCAAUACUCACUACACAUUUUACGGUAGCUUUUUAUAGCUUUACAUACAUACGGUAGCUCUGUUGUUUCAUUUUGUUUUGUUUUUGUUGUUUUUUUUUUUUUUUCCAGUAAACAAGAAAUACUCAUAAUCUUACUGGUGGGAAAAAAAAAAAAGCAGUUUGUGAAAAACUGACAAUGGAAGAAGAGCUUAAUGCUCUGUUUAGCAUUUUGUACUUAAAAAAAAAAAAAAUCUCACAUUUUAUUAAAAAGUGAAGAUUGCUGUAUACUAUUUAUUCAACUUAUAAUUUAUGUUACUCUUUGAUCUUUGUCUUUUCUCAUGACAAAGCAUUUAUUUAAUAAAGUUAUGCAUUCAGUUA